CAACUACCUGUAAAGACGUAUUGAGUUAGUUUUAAAAAUAGCUUUGUGAAAAUGAAAACUUUACUAUUAUUGUUUGUAAUUGGUUUGAUAUGUAAGGAGACAAUAAGCCAACAAUCAGUGACCUUAGGUGCUUUCCUGGGGAUCACUACAGACGAACAAAGGGAUUGUGUCUGGACAUGUCCGAAAACACCUGAGUAUAACCCCAUUUGCGGUACCGAUGGCGUUGCCUACCGCAACAUAGGUCAUUUGAACUGUGCUCAGUACUGCGGUAUCGAUGUUCAGCCCACUCAUCCGCCACCAUGUCCGCCGGCCACGACCACGACCACGACCACGAGCACGACGCCGGGCUGGCGACCUCCUCGUAGUUAAAACAGGGUUCAAUUGUUUUUGAAUUAAUCGAAGUUAAUCGAACUUUGCAAUCCCCUCAUUGCUAAGGAGAGACACUUAAGCGAAGAAAACAACCCACUUAAAUGUUACGCCACGCCUAAUUAUUUUUAUUUUUAGAAGAUAAUA